AUGGCAUCCGCCGCGACCCAGGGCUUCAGCGUGGUGUCCAAGCCCACAAAGCCCAUCGAGGGCCAGAAGACGGGGACCUCGGGCCUCCGCAAGAAGACCAAGGUGUUCCAGAGCGAGAACUACCUGGCCAACUGGAUCCAGUCCCUCUUCCUGGCCCUAGGCGAGGAGGCCAAGGGCAAGACCAUCGCGCUGGGAGGCGACGGCCGCUACUUCAACAAGGAGGCGGUGCAGAUCAUCCUGAAGCUGGCCGCCGGCAACGGGCUGAAGAAGGUCGUGGUGGGCAAGGACGCCAUCACCGCCACCCCCGCCAUGUCGGCCAUCAUCCGCCGGCGCAAGCUCUAUGGCGGCCUGAUCAUGAGCGCCAGCCACAACCCCGCCGGCCCCGAUGAGGACUGGGGUAUCAAGUUCAACUACAGCGCGGGGGAGCCCGCGCCGGAGAAGAUCACCGACAAGAUCUACGGCUUCACCCAGUCCAUCCAGGAGCUGAAGAUCGCCGACUUCCCGGACGUGGACCUGAGCAAGCUUGGGACCACCAGCUUCGGGGACUUUGAGGUGGAGGUCAUCGACUACACCACCGACUACUUUGACGAGCUCAGGGAGGUGUUUGACUUUGCCAAGCUGCGCAGCUUCUUCGCCAACCCCCGCUUCAGCUUUGUGUAUGACGCGUUGCAUGCCGUCACUGGCGCCUACGCCAGCCGGCUGUUUGUCGACGAGCUGGGCGCCUCCCCCGACGCCCUGCUCAACUGCGUGCCCAAGGAGGAUUUCGGCGGCGGGCACCCCGACCCCAACCUGACCUACGCCCAUGAGCUGGUGGAGCGGCUGUUCGGCACCGACGCCCCCGACUUUGGCGCCGCCUCCGACGGCGACGGCGACCGCAACAUGAUCCUGGGCCGCUCCUUCUUCGUCACCCCCUCUGACUCGGUGGCGGUGAUCGCGGCCAACGCCCAGGCCGCCAUCCCCUACUUCUCGGCGGGCCUGAAGGGCGUGGCACGCUCCAUGCCCACCUCCGGCGCCCUGGACAGGGUGGCCAAGCGCCUGAACCUGCCCUUCCACGAGACGCCCACGGGCUGGAAGUUCUUCGGCAACCUGAUGGACGCGGGGCAGUGCUCCAUCUGUGGCGAGGAGAGCUUCGGCACGGGGGCCGACCACGUGCGCGAGAAGGACGGGCUCUGGGCGGUGCUGGCCUGGCUCAGCAUCCUGGCGACCAAGAACGAGGGGCGGGGGGAGGGCGCGGCGCUGGUCUCCGUCCGCGACGUGGUCACCGAGCACUGGCGCACCUACGGCCGCAACUUCUACUCCCGCUACGACUACGAGGGCGUGGAGAGCGAGCGUGCAGAGAAGGUCAUGGCGCACCUGACCGAGAGUGUGAUCGACACCGUGCAGCCCGGCACAGAGCUGGGCGGCCGCGUGCUGGAGACGGCCGACAACUUUGCCUACACUGACCCCAUCGACGGCUCGGUGGCAAAGGGCCAGGGCAUCCGCGUCGUAUUCCGGGACGGCUCGCGCAUCAUCUUCCGGCUGUCGGGCACUGGCAGCGCUGGGGCCACCAUUCGCAUGUACGUGGAGACCUACCGCGACGAUCCCGCCGACUUCGACCGCGACGCGCAGGACGUGCUGGCGGGCAUCAUCGCCACCGCGCUGGAGCUGUCGGACCUGCCCGCGCUGACGGGGCGCGACAAGCCCACCGUCAUCACCUGA